AUCUAACUUCUGUUCAACAACAUCUUGUUCCCAGCGAGAAAAGGCCCACGACGUUCGAGAUUAUCCCCCCCUCUCACGCCCAAUUCUUUGGCUCAUCAGUCAUCAAAAGUUGUACCACACACCUCCGCAAAGUGAACAUUGAUUGUUGCAACUUUUUCCUCUUACAGGCACACCGUCUCAUCUUGAAGAUCCCCCAUACCGACCAAGAAGUUUUUCGGACAUGUUGAUUAUAUGCAGCCAAUUACCGUUUGUAGCGACUGACAGGAUUCCCUUUUGUCUCUCAGACCUCGAUCCUCGACUUGCCCCUCCUGCCAUUGACAGACGCUGGCGGCUUGCAUGAUUUGCAUGAUAAGCUAUAAAUCGCUCCCCCAACUCCUAUUCCUUGGCUUUUCUCUUAUUAAAUACCGAGCUGGUCUUUGUGUGCAAUGUGGCUGAUGUUUGAGUACCCCUCCUGUAGGUUCAGUUGGCAAAAAUCCUCACGUUCAAAUCAACACUCCCCGUCGCAAUGACACACCGAAUCUGCCCCUCACCACCCGCACCGGCAGCCCCCGCUGCUUUCCUUGGUGUCCCGUUCGAUUCACCAUUGGCGCCCUCACCAUUGACUGCCGGGACAUCCUUGACGAUCGAAGGCGCCCACCGGAUACACUGCACGAAAUGCCCGUGUGCGUCCCCUAUUGUCUUGACACAUCUACCCUCCUGGGUCAGAUCCCAGCACCGCAACGUAUAAUCAUCAGCCACGGACAACAAGUACUUUCCACCAGGGUGGAAGACAAGGCCCCGCACCCAGUUGUCGUGGCCCACCAAUAUCUUGAUACACGUCCCUCUCGCAUCCCACAGCCGAAUCGUUUUGUCUCUUGAGCCGGUCGCCAUGAACUCUACGGCACUCGUUGCUGGUGGCUUCUUGAUCCCUGCCAUGGCGGCAAGAUGUGGAUAAGCAGCCGCAGGAGCAAUGGCGCAACAUAACACAACGUGCUCGUGUCCGAUCAGUGUGGUCUUCGGCUCCGGGUUCGGUAUCGAGACGUCCCACAACCGGCCGGUAUAAUCGUCACUCGUCGACAAGAUGAACCUCCCGUCAAUGGAUGGGCAGACAUCACGGACCCAUUCGGCGUGUCCUCGAAGAGUCUUUACGCAAUAGCCUGUGCUCACAUCCCAUAUCCUCAACGUCUUGUCUCGACUCGCGCUGACAAGGAGGUUGCCGGUACCACCUGCUACCCCUGACGGGAUGAAUCGAACUGCGCUGACGCUGUGGUCGUGACCAGGGAGCGUUCGGAUAUUCUUGUAGUCGUCUGAUGGGUCCCAGAGCUUGAUGGUCAAGUCUGAGCUGCACGAAGCAAGCAAGGUGUUUCCCCUAGGUCCGCCGAAAUCGACAUCGAGCACAGCUUUGGUAUGGCCUUUGAUCGUCCUUUCGAGCUCGCCCAGCUCCCAGUCCCAAAUUUUGAUGGUUUGGUCCUCCGAGCCGGAAGCCAGUGAUGAGAAUACUGGGUGGAAGGCGACGCAUGUGAUUGGAUUUCGGUGGGAUUGCAGCGUGUGGCGGGCUGGAGAUUUGGGCAGCCAGGCUACUGGAUCUUUAUUUUGUCGGGACGUGGGGGUGCUGUUUUCGAGCUCUGAUUGCAAAGUGCUAUUCCGGGACUCGAGAUCCAUGAUCUGGGAAAGAAUGUCAGAUGGACAGGCCGACAAACACAGAAACCGACCACGCGACUGACCUUCUUUUGUAACCGCACGACACUCGUCCAUUUCUUUUCUAGCAGCCCCUCAUACUUCUUUGCGGUUGCUGGAUCAAACACAUCCUCCCCAAGGUUGAGCUCUGAUCGCAGAGCCGACACGGUAUUCGAAAGGUUGUUGGCAGUAAGGUAGGCGAUGAUGGCUUUGUGUCUGCAUCGCUGUCAGUCCCUGCCUGCCUCGGCUUCGUCAAGACCCAACCCCGCCCGCUGUGGACGUGAUCACACGACAGGAAACCUACAGCUCCUCAGCCUGACGGGUGGUCAGGAUGUUUGUAUUCAUCGCGGAGACUCGGAGGGCAACCUGGAGCCCCCGGGCCGUGCCGUUCUGCUAGAGCGGGAGACAGGAAAUUGCGGGGAAAUUUAUCGGCCUGAAAUCAGCGGUCGGGAACCUUCUCGUCUCGGCGGCGGCCGUUGGGUUGAAAUCGGUGUCAAGAGGUGAGGUAUUCUUUGAGGUGGAUUCCGGGUGGGCAUGGAAGGAUGGCGGAAGAUUGUUGGUGACAAACAACAGCGUCGGGAAAGGGGUGGCGCUUUGUUCGAGAAGGUUUCGUCGAAUGUCUGUUUCAAUCCCAAUCCUCAGAUGCACGCGCGGAUGGAUUGGGUGGAUGGUUGGAGGGGUCGUGAAAAGUGGACCUGGGGUACUGGGGAAGGCGAGGUGUCCAGGGUUUGUGGUUGGGCUUCCAGACACGGAUAUCAACUCAGGGCUGAAGAUGGGAGUUCUGGAUGGAGGCGUUGUUGCCGUGGGAAAUGGAUCUCAUGGUCCCUCUAUGGCGGGCAUCCAGCGGGGCAGAACAACACUUGAAACUCGAAAGCAAGCUCGCAAUCUGUGGUGGGUGGCAUUUGCUGUCGCUGGCCAUCCAAUUCCCAUGCUUGCUGCCGGGCCUGCCAAGAUAGAGAGAGGUCGGGCCACGACAGCUGCCACAGGAGGCUGCCAGCCGUGUCAAGCCUCAGCCAGUGACAUCACCUCAGCCACACUGUGGUUUGGUUUCUGCAGCAAUUCCCUAUGUCAACAAUUGCCAGAGCGAAGUCUGUCAGUGGAAAGAAAGGUCCAGUCAGCAUCCCCCGCCAUCAGAGAAAGACAAGAGGAAAUUACCAACAACUGGAGAGGCGGUGCAUAUGCGCACAUAGAAUAAUCAAGGGAUCAAGAGACUCCCUACUUGUACCCAACUCCAUCAGAGCAUUCCUUAUGCAUUGUGGUGUUUAUCUGCAUCCAUAGGGCAACUGUCCGUGACAGCGAAUGGCCCCACACCCACACCUGUCCCGCAGAGCCAAGAGCACAGGGUCAGGGCGCCCCAGACACGCUUUCUCACCGCGAGCCAGCCUUGAGCGAGAAAUCUUGGGCGGCAAGUCACAACAACUGCAAUUGUCAACAACCACCGCGCAGACGAUCCUUUUCGGCGAACGUCCUCGCAACAAUCGCCCCCCGCCGAGCAAGAGCUUCCCCUCGCUCUCCUUCUGGAAGCCAAUCACGCGCAACAGCCAGCUCGGUCUCGACACCAAACCCAACAAGUCGCAAAGAAAACAGCUGCUGGCUUUUGCUUUGUUGCUUCACCCCUCGCACGUAUGUUGCUUCCUUCGCAUUCCCUCCUCCAGCCUCACCAAGGCCAAUCUCCCAGAUGCGCUUCUGUUCCUUAGACGGCGCACUACACUGGCUGCUAUGACGGGCCGUUGGAAACCGCCUUGGCUGCAGAAGCUAAUCAAGCGAACUUCAACUCUAGGCUCAGAAAAACGCAAGACUUGCCUCUCGACCGACAGACUUACGAACCACACCGACCAACUUGCCCACAGUCCCCGGAGGCACUUGCUGAAAUCCUGCCUGCUUGAUUCCGACUCUACCACCACAUCACCAUCCAUUGAAGAAGAACAGCCCGCCAUGGCUGACGGAGAAGAAGACUUUAGCUCUUUGCCCCUUACAGAUCGCUGGGUCCACAAGGUCUGGAAAGUACGAAAACAGGCAUACGAGGAGGCUGCCCAGGCAUUCGAAAAGACCCCCGACGAGUACGACCCAGCAUUCCGACCAUUCAUCCAAGAUCCGAGCUUGUGGAAGACAGCAGUCGCAGACUCCAACGUUGCUGCUCAACAAGAUGGCUUGGCUGCCCUCUGCGCAUUUCUGAAAUUUGGCGGCCGCGAAGGCGGUGUACGAGCCAGACAACAUGCUGUCACACCAAUUUGCGAGAAGGGCCUGUCCUCCACGAGAGCGGCGACGAAGGCGUCAGCAGUCGAAGCGUUGCUCCUCUUCAUCGAGAUUGAUGUUCCCGGCCCGGUAAUCGAAGAGAUUCUGCCGGUGCUUUCCAACAAGCAACCCAAGGUUGUUGCUGCGGCGCUUAAUGCUUUGACCCAGAUCUUUCACAACUAUGGCUGCAAAACAGCGGAUCCCAAACCCGUUCUCAAGAUUCUACCCAAGGUGUUUGGCCACGCCGACAAGAAUGUGAGAGCAGAGGCGACGGGGUUGGCGGUCGAGUUCUACCGGUGGCUGCGCGAGGCUAUGAAGCCAAUGUUCUGGGGCGACCUCAAACCAACACAGCAGACAGAUCUCGAAGCGCAGUUCGAGAAGAUCAAGGCUGAAGGUCCAGCGAAGCAGGAGCGAUUGUUGCGAUCACAGCAAGCGGCCAAGGAACGGGCACCUGCGGCAGGAGGUGGUGACGAGUAUGGAGAGGAGGGAGAAGAGGAGGAAGAGGCUGGCGAGGUUGACGCUUUUGACCUGGCCGAGCCACAAGACGUCAUCAGCAAAGUGCCCAAGGAUUUCUACGAUAACCUGGCCUCGUCCAAAUGGAAGGAGAGAAAGGAAGCUUGCGAGGCCUUGUAUGCUAUUGUCAAUGUGCCAAGGAUCAAGGAUGGUGAUUUUGGUGAGAUCACCCGCUGCUUGGCCAAAUGCAUGAAGGACGCCAACAUUGCGGUCGUCACUCAGGCAGCGCAAUGUAUCGAAAUGCUCGCCAAGGGUCUGCGCAAGGGCUUCGCCAAGUAUCGUUCCAACGUCAUGCAGCCUAUCAUGGAGAGAUUGAAGGAAAAGAAGGUUACGGUUGCUGAUGCGCUUGGUGCUGCGCUGGACGCUGUGUUUCUUUCUACCAACUUGACCGAGUGCUUGGAAGAUAUCACCACAUUCCUCGUUCACAAGAACCCCCAGGUCAAGGAGGGAACCAUGAAGUUUCUUGUCAGGUGUCUUCGAACAACCAGGGAGGUGCCGAGCAAGCAGGAAAUUGCCAGCAUCGUUGAAUGCGCCAAGAAGCUGCUCUCCGAGGGUAGCGAGGUCCUUCGGUCUGGCGGUGCCGAGAUUCUGGGAACCAUCAUGAAGAUCAUUGGCGAAAGAGCCAUGAACCCCCAUCUCGAAGGUCUUGAUGAUAUCCGAAAGACCAAGAUCAAGGAGUUCUUUGAGACGGCCGAAGUCAAGGCCAAGGAUAAGCCGAAGCCGCCGCCGCCAGCUCCCGCUGCGCGGGGGCCACCACCCAAGAAGACGUUGGGCGCAAAGAAGGCCCCUCCAGGUCUCAAAAAGGCACCCCCAGCAGCCGCCGCACCGCCGCCAGAGCCUUCACCUCCACCUGCGCCGCCAGCUGCUGCGCGUCCCGGUCCCGCGGGGAGCAAGCUCGGGAAGCCAGGGCUCGGGGGUCUCAAGGCACCACAGAAGCGCACUCUCGGUGGUCCUGCCGCCGGCGCUGCUUCACCGCGUAGACCGGCGGCCCCUCGCGUGCCAUCACCUGCAUUUGAGCCAGAAUACGAAGAGGAGGAGCCCAUUCCCGCUUCUCCUCCACCAAAGCCGCGCAUCGGUUUGGGACGCGGUGGUCUCGCUGGCCGCUCACUCGCCAAACCAGCUGCGCCAUCAGCCCCCGCGCCCGCUGCAUCCCCAUCUCCGACCUCUACCUUCUCACACAUGGAACGUGCCGAGCUAGAGGAAUUGCGCAUGGCCAAUGAGCGCUUGCUCAAACAGCUAGAUGACGCUCGUCACGACCGGUCCAAGCUGACAUCAGAAAUUCAGGAGCUCAAGAACCAAAACGCUCAGUUGAUCGAGGAUCACACGAGAGAUGUACUUUCCAUCAAGGCCAAGGAGACACAGCUAGUGAGAGCUCGCAGUGAUGCCGAGGCUGCCGAACAGACAAAUGAGCGGCUACGACGCGAGCUGGACCGUUUGAAGAGGGCGCUCAGUAAGGCCGAAGCCGCCCUCAACAACGGUGGGGGCGCAGACAGCCCUGUAUCCCCCAGUCUUGGAUUCCGGGCUCUGAGCCCAACGCACGAUGAUGGCGGGAUCUACCGUGACAACGCUCUUCCUCCUAGUGCGGGUAGAGCCCGUCAAAGCUUCGCCAGCACCCUUAGCGAGGAGAAGGAGAACGGCGACGGUGUGCCGCACCCCCGAAAGAUGGCUCCCCCAGAGUCCCGGUACGCGGGCAGCACCGCUAGCAGCGGCCGCGCCAGCCCAGCUAGAGGCUUUAGGCGAGACAUUUCCGGCGGUGACGACAGAGACAUUCGCAAUAACGAUAGUGCUAGUGGCAGCGGUGCCUAUGGCGGAUAUGGUGACCGGGCGGGGAGCAGGGCUGGGAGCCGUGCAGGAAGCAGGUUGGGCGAUCCACCAAUCAAUGCUUCUGGUGCUCCCGCGACGUCUGGCAUGGAGAGCUGGAGAAGAGCUGCCGAGGUGACGAGCCAGCUGAAGGCCAGGAUUGAACUUAUGAAGGCAAAGGCAGCGAGCAGACCUCAGUAG